AUGUCUCAGGUUUGUCCGUCCUCGUCGCAUCAGCUGGUCGCGGCCGCCAUUGCUUUUCGACGCGCUCGUCGUAAGUUCCCCAAGAAUUAUGGUCUUUGUGGUAAUUUCGAUGACUCUAUGAAAGUCGACAAGACGGAGAGUGUGACGGGGAACGAGGACUCGCACGAGCAAGAAAACCUACCGUUCUCCACGAGAAAAUGCUCGAAUUCGAGAUCGAGCCGGGCGGAGGCCAAGGCGGCAUGGAGCGAUGAGAUCGGGGAAAGUGGCUCGAUCAAGGAAAACUUACUUCAGAAACCAAUAAUCUGCAGUUGCUGUCGUAAACGCAACGAGGCUGCAAAAGCUAACGAACCGGCGAACGUUUUCAAGACAACGGAUCAGUGCAGCGCUGGGGAUGCGCUUGAUAUCGUUCCAAGCAAAGAGUACAAUGGGAUCGGGAAGAAAGGCGAUCCUUCUAGGACGGAGCAGGUAGAAAACUCUGACGUAAGAAUGAUGAAAAGCUUCAUAACGGAUCCCGGAAAUUCUAGCCGUUGCCGUGCUCCGUAUUCCCAUUCAGGAAGACGAAGUCCGAAAGAAACUUCGGCCAAAUUGGAUUCCGUUAAUCUUGCACACGACGAUGCCAUCGAUCAAUUAGGCAACGUUAAAGGCGGCAGCCCGUCCGAGAAACGGAGGUGCAACGCGGAGGAAUACGGCUGCACGGGAACGGGUUGUAGGUCGCAACCGCGGAACUCGCGAUCGAAGUUGGAGUUCUUUGGAACGGAAAAGGACAACUCGUCCGCCAGUAUUCAUCGUGAUUGCGAAACACGUUGCUCGAAACACUCCAACGUCGAUCUGUUACGACCGCGUCGAGACGUUUGUCAUUCACAGAAUAGCCAACGGUGCUGCCAUCAUCACAAUUGCUGUCACCAUUGUUGCGGCGAGGAAUGUCACAGUCGCUCGUCGAAAGAAAAGCCACGUCUCGCCUCCGACACGUGUCUCUGUUCGACGAGCUCUAUUGGUCCGCGGGCGUGCUGUAACAAAGGUCACGUGGCGCGCGAGUCGUUCUGCCACCGCGAUUGUCAUCCGCAAGAUUCGGAGAGGAUAUCGACCGUUCAGGAGCAAAACGACGGUGAAUACGACGACUGCGUGGGCACGAUAAACCACAAGGACUCGUUGUGCAUCCUGGUGGAGAAGUACAAGACCAGCAAGAAGUGCAAACACAAGAAGUAUCCAGGGGAGUGCCAAUUACAAGAUGAUCGGGCAAAGGACGACUCCAAUAAGUCGUACACGUCCGAGACCACCUGUCAAAUGGACGACAACGCGAAUCGAAAACAGGGGGACAGAUGUUCGGACAACGAGGAUCAUCGGUUUCGAGUGAAUCGCCCAUCAUUGGGAAAAUCGUGCAGAAUCAGAGAGGGGGACUGCAAUCAAUUAAAAAAUUUGAGAUCCCGUUUGGUGAAGACCGGUACAUGUUGCUCGGCGAAAGGCACACCGUGGAGACACACAUUUUAG